GUCGGCUCACACGCCAGAGCGGAGCCCAGGGAAGGAGCACUGAGAAGCCAGCGGCACAGGGACGCAUGGCAAGGGGCACUUCUUGAGAUUAAACCCAGAACUCCAGUUGUUACUGCUGUCUUGUCCGAAGUGCAGUCUAGUGAAGUUCAGCCCCCCAAUUCUAUUUGCCACCAUGCUUCACUCCCCACUGAAAACAGCUCUGGCUUAUGAGUGUUUCCAAGACCAGGCUAGUUCCACACUGGCCUUACCCUCGGAUCACAAGCUGAAAACUAGGGGCACUGGAAAGCAGAGGGUCCAGGAGCAGGUGAUGAUGACAGUGAAGCGUCAGAAGCAAAAGUCCUUGUCAUCCAGCAUGAGCCACUCCAACCGAGGUUCCAUGUAUGAGGGUCUGGCUGAUGGCUAUGCUUAUGGGACAGGCCGGGGCAGCUAUUAUGCCAAAAACCAGACAGGAAACGGCACCUGGGGAUAUCCGCAGUUGUACAAUGGGACCCUUAAAAGGGACACAGAGAAUAAACGCUACAGCUCUUACAGCCAAAUGGAAGGCUGGGGCAGCAAGAACUACAACAAAAUCUGCAACACCCCCAGGGCCGGCAGUGACUACUGCUUUGCUCAGACCAUGAAGACCAGCCGGAGUGAGCCUGACCUCUGCUGUGAGCCACCCCGGGGCACUCUUAAGAGAAAUCAGGGAUACCAGGCAGGGCACAAAGCAACCCUGAAUCGCCAAAGCAUCUACAGCAGCUAUAGCACCCAGCAAGGGACUACUAGGACAAAUAAAAAAAUGGCAGCGCGUGCUCUCUCCUGUCCUUCAAGCAAUAAGCAGGAGGUGGUAUAUGCUGAGCCUAGGAUGAGCGGCAAGCAGGAGAUGGCAUAUACACGGUCUCAGUCCAGCUCCAAAAUAUGCAGUGAUGAGCCAGACUAUGGUACCAUGACCAUCCAGAAAGCCAUUCAGUUCCUGUGCUCCUCGGAUGAGAAACAUCAAGCCAUGGGUGCUUACUACCUCCAGCACACCUGCUUCCAGGAUGAAUCUGCCAAGCAAGAGGUCUACCGGCUGGGUGGCAUUGCCAAGCUGGUCGAACUCCUCCGCAGCACAAACCAGAAUGUGCAGCAGGCCGCAGCCGGGGCUCUUAGAAACACAGUCUUCAGAAAUCCGGUCAACAAGAUAGAAACCCGACGGCAGAAUGGAAUCAGGGAGAGUGUGAGCCUUCUGAGGAGAGCUGGGAACACUGAAACACAGAAGCAGCUGACAGGGCUGCUAUGGAACUUGUCCUCCACGGAUGAACUGAAAGAAGAGUUGAUACAGGAAGCCCUCCCUGUCUUGACAGAUUGUGUUAUUGUUCCUUUCUCUGGCUGGUCUGAUGGCACCAGUAAUAGGACAAGACAAAUUAUUGACCCAGAGGUAUUCUUCAAUGCCACAGGCUGUUUGAGGAACCUGAGUUCUGCAGACAUGGGACGCCAGACCAUGAGAAACUACCCUGGCCUGGUUGAUUCAGUCAUGACUUAUGCCCAGAACUGCGUGGCUGCUAACCGACCUGAUGAUAAGUCUGUGGAGAACUGCCUCUGCAUCCUGCACAAUCUCUCCUACCGCCUGGAUGCCGAGGUGCCCAAUAAAUACACCCAACUCAACCACAUGGCCCGGAAUGCCUCCAUGGACCGAUCUCUCACAGGCUGCUUCAACAGCAGAGGAGGAAAACUGGAGGAAGAUGAAUAUAAUGUCCCUCUGCCUGAGGAGGAUUACAAACCCAGAGGAGCCAACUGGCUUUACCAUUCUGAUGCCAUCCGCACAUACCUGUCCCUGAUGGACAAGAGCAAGAAAGACUCCACCCUGGAAGCUUGUGCAGGAGCCCUGCAGAACCUCACUGCAAGCAGAGGACUGAUGUCUAAUGCAAUGAGCCAGGUGAUUGGUUUGAAGGAAAAGGGAUUGCCUCGUAUAGCACGGCUUCUCCAAUCCAACUGCUCUGAAGUUGUCCGAUCUGGGACUUCUUUGCUGAGCAACAUGUCCCGACAUCCUGUUCUCCAUAAAACCAUGGCUCACCAGGUGCUUCCAGAUGUGUCGCGUCUCCUGUCCUUCCAGAGUGCAAACACCAACACCUAUGGAGAGAUCAUGUCAUCAGCUUGCUACACUCUGAGGAACCUCAUCAUGUCCAACCCACACCUGGGCAAAUCCUACUUGACAAGCAACGUGAUGAAUAAUGUAUUAAGCCUCUGCCGAAAUGGCUCCUGCCCAAAAGCUGCUGAGGCUGCUCGUCUCCUACUGAGUGACCUUUGGUCAAAUAGGGAGCUGCAGAGUGUGCUCAAACAGCAAGGAUUUGAUAAGAACAUGAUGGGAUCCUUAGCUUCGACCACUUUCAGGACCCUGUCCUCCAGAUUUUAGAGACCUCCAGCAGAAGAUGAAGCUGCAGGGUUUAUCAUUGGUUCAUGUCUGGGAAGAUCCAAUCCACGAGGGAUUAGGCAGGACAUUAAAGAUAUACAGUCUUUCUAGAGUUAAGCUCACCUGUAAAGAUAACUAAGUACGAAAAUUUUAUGUGGACGAUACUGAUAUUUUAAAGCAUUUUCUUCAUUUCUUAGAGGGGGUGGGGUGGGGAGGGGAGUUUUCAGUUUAAAAUUUCUUGAUGUCAAAGCUUGUGUGUGUUUCUGUUCAUGUAUGUGCACACAUUCAUAUAUCUCCAUACCCAUCCACCCACAUCCAGACACACACAAGUGGACUUUUCCAGAGGGUUUCCUAGGGGGGUUAGUCCCCACAAAUUCUAUUGUAAAUCAUUGGGAAGUGUGUACCUAACCCUCUCAGGAGUUUCUGAAAACCUCACGCUAUAUAUGCACUAACCACUGCUUUCUCAAACCCUUGUCACAACCCAUUUUUACCCAAAUAUGCAAAACUACCACGCUAUGCAUUUAUUCCAUUGUAGAUGGCCACUGUAGACAGAUUCACAACACAAUGCUCCUAUUUUAGAUGGCUGGUGAUUUCUAACCUUUGUGGACAUGGGCUUCUCUCUCUGCUUUUGACUCUUUCUCAAGUCAGCUUUCAUUAGUCAGAUUUAUUAGGUAUUGGCUGUCAUAGGUCACGUGAUUUCUAAAUCUCAAGAAGCAAAUCCAUAUCUGAAAAGUAUCCCUUAAAUCACAGUCGUUAAAAAUUCUCAUCAACUGUAUGUUACAGAACAAUAUAAAUAAUUCAUGGAAGACAUUGGGGACACAAACCGUGUUGAACAUCACAACAAUUAUACCCAGAUCUAAAAAUGUUAUUACAGUCAGCUGCCAUCUCAUCCCUGUAGCAGGCCAAGCAUGCCAUUUGAUAAGCUCAGAUGCACACAGAUAAAUGCAGUUAUUUCCCACAGCUGCUGUGAAGUUUGAGUGUGGCUUGAAAGGAGAGAAAGGUAGCAUUUUUAUGACUGUGACUGAUUAGAAACCAACAUAGCAUAUUGUUAUUAAAAUGGUUUUAAACAUUGAAAAAAGCUACAUUAGGAAAUAUAUUAUGAAGUAUUUUCUAGUCCCAAGAGCAUCUUCAACUCAUCCUGUUCUACAAAGGCUGGCUGAAGUGGCAGAGGAAACCUAAAUUCCCUAUCAAUCAUUUGAUUUAGUCUUAAGUCAUUUAACAGAUCAAACAGAUGGUUCUGUCUUGCUCUUUUUCAAAAAGAUCUCUCCCCAGGCUUUUUUGGAAGCAUGUCUCCCUUGGGGAAAGGAUUGAUGAACUUAUUGAGUACAUAUGUGCUAAUUGUCUUACAUGCAAUACUGUUGCAUGGUGCAACUCUGAUGGAGCAUAGGCAUUUUAUAAAUUCUGGGGUUGAGUGGGACUUGCUGAAAACAAGCACUAUGGAAAUGAGCCAAGAAAGGGAAACAAUGCAAGGGUUUGUUGGGUGUUUUUUUGGUUGUUGUUUUUUGUUUUGUUUUGUUUUGUUGGGGGGGGGGCGCAGUUUGGAGGCAAAAGGACAGAGCCAGCUCUUCAGAUGGUGGAAAUCAGACCGACUCCGUCAGCUUAAAUUAAUGUCAGUAAAUUUGCAUGAACUGAUAAUCUUCCUCAAAGAGUUUAAAUUUGCCCCGGUCUGGCUGUUCUCUAGGUCUGAGCAGAGAGAUAGAUAAUUUAGAAAUUGCACCUUCUUGUAUUGGUAUGAAGUAUGACUAUUCAGCCAAGGCACAAAUGCAAGAAAGGAAUGGUAAAAUGCAGGGGUGGCCAACCUGCAGCACAGGUGCCACAAGUGGCAUGGCAGCUAGGCCUGUGCGAAGCAGCUAGUAUUUGCUUUGGAUUCAGAUUCGGCCGAUUCGGGGGACAGUGAUUCGAUCUGGUGAUUCGAAUCACUGUCCUGAUUCAAUUCGACUGAAUCUGAUUUGGAGAUUCAGCUGCUGCCAAAUCACCCCCCACCUGGCAGCACCCAGUGAGCACUGGGGCUUUUCUUUAAAGUACAGGGAGCUGGGGUGGGCAGGGCAACUGUGGCGGGGCUGGGGGAGUGGGCAGGGGUCAGUGGGGCUGGGAGAGCGAGUGGGGUCAGGGGGGCUGGCAGGGGUCCCCCCAUGGUCUCCUCCCCCCUCCUCCAACCCCCCCUCCCCUGCCCCUAGUACUUCCCAGCUCGGAGUGGCUGAAGCUGCCUGCUAAUGAAUUGGGACUGCCCAAAUCACCAAAGAUUCGGAGAGCUUUGAAUCGAUUCGGACCUUUAAAUUGCUCCCCUGAUUUGAUUCGGAUUCAGCGAUUCGCCCACUGAAUUGGGCUGAAUCUCUUCCAAAUCAAAUCACCAACUGAAGCUUAACACAGCCCUAAUAGCAGCCUCUGUGAAUGGCACGCAGCAGAUCAAAGAGGGAGCUGGCAGCCUGGUGGCAGAUAGGCCAGGGAGCAGAAAGGAGAGCAGCAGAUCAGGCAGAAAGCACAGGGCAGGAAGCAGGGAGUAGAAUGCCUGCCAAAAAGGUUGGCCCUGUUUGGUAUGGUGGAGAGGGUUAUUCAGUUAACUUUCACUGGAGAAGCAGAAGGUCUUUUAACAAUUUGCAUGUUGAGGGGCAAAGUCUGCUUCCUCACUAACUUCUAGGCAAGGAUAUUUGCUUAAGAGAGGUAGAGGAAGAAAUAAGCUUUCCUGAAUUGGACUGCUGAACCUUAACAAAUGCAUAUGGUCCCACACUCAGGAGCAUUUAAGCCUAGCUGCAGCUGGGGAAUUUUGGCCUGGGGUCUUGACCUUGCCAUACAGCUCAGAUAUUAAACUACUGAUAUAUGUGGUUCCAGAUGUUUUUAACAGAACACAAGAGUUUGUCUGCCAAAUUUUGUUUUAGGAAUAUAGGAACAUAGGGCUGGAAGGUGCCCAAUGAGGUCAUCUAGUCCAACCCCUGCACAAGGCAGGCUUAUCCCUGACUAAACCAUCCUGGUCUGUCUAAGUAGCCAAAUGUCUGUUCCAGUGCUUAUGUACAAGAUACUAUACUUUUGGAAUAAGGGUGUAUUGAGUGUAAUUUUUCAUCCUGUCCCUUUCCUAGUUUGUUUGUACAAUCAUUUCACUUGCAUGGGCAAUCUGAGCAACUGUGCACUUACAAUUUAUGCAUUUGAGCAUAACAUCUUUGCUUUAAAAUUAAUAGAGAAAGCCUAAUGAUGUAAUGCCAAGGGGAGUUCAUUAUAAUUUUGCAGUUAAUCACAUGCUGUGCCUUUAUUUGAAAACAUCAUUACUUUAUAGAACAACUAAAUUUUGUGUACUGCUUUAGAGGGUAAGGCAUAAAUAGUGGUAACUAAAUGAAAAUGGCCUGCUAAUUAUAUUCUUUUCAAGUGCCUUAUGGUUAAUUCUUAAAGUCAAAGGAACAUUUACAUCACUGGCAUAAAUUUUGUUAAUUUUACUGGAGAGUUUUAAGCCAAGUUCAACAAAUAACUUCAGAAGAGAUAACCGUAUAAGGUGUGGUUCAUUAUUACAUCCCGCAAUUUAGCAGAUAGCCAAAUCAGGAGAUUAGUGUGCUCUACAGCAACAAGCACAUCAUGUUGUACAAUCAGGAACCACACAAUUACCUCAAAGCUAUUGCACAACUACAAUUUGCCGGUAAAAUUCAGUGAUAAUAGAGGUCAUUCUCCUCUCACCCACCUGAGGGUAAACCUGGAUUCACUCUAGAAAUCAGUGAAGUAGCCCUGGUGUUAAAUUAGUAGGUGAAAAGAGAAUCCGACCCUUUGGAAGAAGUUGUUCAGUGAAAGAGGAGUUUAGUGAUUUACUUUGCCAUGUAAAAAGACAUGUCUACCUUUAAAUCAAAAACCUGCACUGCUUAGAGUGACACUGGUUCUUAAAAGAAUAUUUUAAAAUAUUUACGGGGGUGUUGGUUGUAGCCGUGUUGGUCUAAGGACACAGGCAGACAAGGUUCUUUGAGUGAAUCUGAUAUCUUUUAUUAGACCAAGUUGGUCUAAUAAAAGAUAUCAGAUUCACCCAAAGAACCUUGUCUGCCUAAAAAUAUUUGUGUGACAACUUCUUCAACAACAGUAUAAGUGUAUUUUGAGCCUAGGAUUUUGUUUUUUUGCAUGCUAAAAAGAGAUUUUAUCAUAUCCUCAAAUAAUACCGAUGAGAGCAGGCCUGCCGUACACAGCCUGUGCUCCUGUUUGUGUUGUAUUGGUGGUAAAGGAACGGAGAUUUACUUGGCUGUUGCUCAUCGCCACCUGAAACUCUACCACAUGUAGAAGUAAGAAUUUAGUGUCUGCCUAGAACGGGGAUAGCCAACCUGCAGCAAGCUUCCCACAAGAGGCAUGAGAAGUUUCUGCGUGGCAUGCGGCAGGUCAUGGAGGGGACAGCAAAGCAGCAGACUGGACAAGGAGCAGAAGGCAGAGCAGGAGAUCAGGCAGGGAGCUGCAAGCAGAACAAUAGAUCAGGUAGGGAACAUAAGGCAAGGAGAAAAACCAGAGGAACUGAUCAGGCAAGGGAAGGGGAUCAGAGUGGCACUCAGGGAGGGUGUGGGGCUAAUUUGUGGUACAGAUGCCAAAAAGGUUGCCCCUCCCCACCUCCACCCCUUGCCCUGCUAGCAUAGAAUAUAAGUCGUAUAUAGAUGUACCACACCUGGUUGUGUUCUAUGCUUAGCUCAAGAGUUGCUUCUAUUUUCCGACAAAUGCUUUCUUUUGUAUACUGUAAAAUCCUAAUAGAGGGAAGAGUCAGCCAUUAUCUUCCAGCCCCGGAAUUUCAGAUGCAUUGUGGACAAUUUAAAAGCCAUCUAGGCUGCUUUAUUUCUCUGUUACCUUACCACCAUUUUAUCACCAUCUCUGUAACCAAAUAGCCUAUAGCUAUAGAAUAUAUUCUGUAAGGUAUAGAUGAGUGAGAAUAAUGUGCCAGAGUUGUUUUUCUAUACUGUAUGUAUUUGCUUCACUGGAAAUUUUGAAAUCAAUAAAAGUCAUGGUAUUUCUUGA